AUGGAAGCGAAGUUGCUCGCCGCCUGCAACAUGCGGCUGGUCUCCAUUCCGUUUGCCAUCAACGGGCUCGAGUGCUACGCCGGCGACGUCAGCGUGGACCGGCCGCGCCUGAUCAGCCCGCUUUCGCUGCAGCCGGCGUCCGUCACGGCGGGGGCGCGCGGGGUGCGGGAGCUGAGCCUCAAGGGAAAACAAGGGAAAUGUGAGGCGGAGAAGCCGCUGGUUCUGAUUUCGCUGCACAAACACGGGCGGCUGCUCGUCUGGGACGCGGACACGCUGGAGGUGGUGGCGAUGUGCGACCACCACGGCGGCUCCGUCGUGCAGUGCGUCGUCACGGCGACGUACAUCUACGUGCGGGUGGAGAACGGGCGCGGCGACACCGACGCCGACACGCAGGUGCACGUGUGGGACACCAAGUCGCUCACGCUCGUGCGGCGGCUCUGCUCCCACGAGGGACGCGUGACUUCCAUCGCGGUGAGUGACGAGAACGACUCACGGUUUGCGACGGCCAGCGUGGAUCACACCCUGCACAUCUGGGACCUGCAAAAGAGCGUCACAGGGCCCCUGCAACGCAUCGCGCUCAACGGCACCGCGCUAGUCUGGGUCUACUCGCGCGGAAUGGUCCUGGGCAGCUCCUCCGACGAGGCCAUGGCGCUGUGGGACGCGGAGACAGGGACGGAGGUGCAGCGGCACAAGGAGGCCGGCGCCACCGUCACCGUGGUGCGUUGGACGCAGGAUCCCAGUCGCAUCAUAUGCGCCACCGCAUCCACGCCCCCGCCCGUCUCCUCACUCUUAAUUGGCUACAACAAUGGGUUUAUUAAGGAAUGGGCACUGGACACAAGCGCGGCGGUGCCCUUGACACCCAAGUGGGGAACCAAGGUACACAGAGCGCACAUCACGGACCUCUGCAGCGACAACGACGUCGUUCUAAGCUGCAGCACAUUCGAUGGUGCCUUCCUGCUGCUGCGGUCGCGGGGCCACGUGGCCCCGUUGGUGUCCUACGGUGUUCGUCUCGUUGUUCUUGAUUCCUACGCCAAAAAUGCCAUCGUUGGGGUUGAUACGGGGUGCGUGCAAAUUUUUUCGUACAGUGACUUUUUGGAGGGACACGGCCAACCGACCCUGCUCUCCUCGUUUUAUCCCCACUCCAGCGGCAUUAUGGGCUUGUUUCUGCAGCUGCACGAUGACUUUACCUUCGACCGGCUCAUCUGCGCCGGCGCCGAUGGGACGGUGGUGUUUCUCGACCACACACGCGCCCGCGGCGGUCGCUGGAUGCGCGGCUUGAACACCCACUCGGUGGAUUCCAUGCCGGGUGGCGGGGCUAUUCUCGCGCCGAUGGAGGAAACCGGCGGCAUCUGCCUCUUCGACCCCGUCGACCUCAUCCCGUUCCCCCGGGAGCAGGAGCUGAAGACGCCGCACGUAGUCACCGCCCUGCGGUGGGUGGCGUCCACCAUGAAAGUUUUGGUGGGCUGCGAAAACGGAAGUGUGGCGAUCUUCGAAUGCGUCAUGAGUGAGCCGCACACCUCGUCGUUCCACAAGCUGGAGGAGAGAGACGUUUCGCCGUACUUUCCACGCAGCUUUUCCUCCAGUGAGCCGGAUACCCGGUUGCUCGUGGUGAAUUUGCAGCAGAGCCUCUUUUCGGAGGAGGGGGCAUUUUUGGUAGCGGAUCCGCUAGCCGCGGACUUGUCCUUCCCGAUUCAGACACUGACGCAGAUGUACCCCCUGCGCAGCACCAUCUUCCCCCUCAGCGCCCAUGAAACGUACGACUACACGGUCAUUGUGCAGCUGCGGGAUGGCACGAUGCUGCAGUACAUGGGGGACUCCGUUCGAAAAACGACGCCCGUCUUUCUGCGCACGCUGGUGUCACCGCUGCUGAGCAACGUGUUCCAGAAGGAGUCCAUGGGCUUUUCGAUCUUCCCCAGCAACUACGUUUUGAAGCCCACGCCCGGCGGAAGCUGGGGGUUGACCUUGACGCUGACCUACGCGGAGGGGACCGCGCUCUACCAGCUCACGUUUGGCAUCGAACAUGACUCCCCGGUGAACCGCCGCCUCUUCUGUGAAAAGGAGGCUUUUAACUUCUCGGGGGCACUCUUUGCCGAGGGAGACGAGGUGCUGACGCUGGAGGCCAUUGGGCAGGGUGAGAUGGCAAUGGCCAUACUGCGCGACAACCCCGUUGUGGACAUCAUUGACGAUGAGGGGAAGUACCUGUACCGCGUCCUCCACAACGGGUCUGUGUGGAACUGUCAAGCAAGCCCUCGACGGAGUCGCUCACGCAGCUUUUGCUUUGACUCCGCCACCUUGGGCAGCAGUAUUUCCUACGCGCCGGCUUCCUCUCCUGCCGCCUGUACCGCCAACUUUUGUGCAGAGGCGCACUACCUCGCCAUUGGCUACCGAGAUGGACUGGUGCAGCUGUUUGAUACCACGCGGCAGGUGUUAUUUGCACGGUUUAAUGUGCAUAACUCAAUGGUAAACAGUUUGUGGGCGUUUCCGAGAGCUGUGGUCUCGUCCGCAAAGAACGGCGUGUUGCGCGCCGACACGGUACUUCCACGUGUGCUGUUUGACGAAAGCAGCAGCGGCCAUGUGCCCUCCCCAGAGAGCUCCAUCCUGCUGCGGCAAACAUCCGUCAGUGUUUCCGUAGUAGGGAGCUAA